UUUAUCGCAGUGGGCUUUUGCUGAUACGCUCAUGUGCAGCGUUCGGGCAUAUACCUCGACAUACGCUUCUCGCUUCGUGGCAGGGUGUUUUGUGGGAAGCGCGGUACAUCGGCAAUGUGGAGCAUCCUCGGCGCCCUGCUUGCCAUAGUUGUCGUUCUCACUAUCCACGGCAUCGGUCGCUGGUUUAUCAGCCGGCGCCGUGCCUGCUUCGAUGCUUUCGACGGCACGGGAGUUCCAACCGUGCCUCUACUGAGCUUAAUCAGUGGCAAUAGUCAAGAAUUCUGGAAACCAACUUCCAUAAAAAGGAUCGAUCAAUGGCUGAACGAAUAUGGCGAUGUGUUUGGUUUCUUUAUUGGUGACGCGCCAUUCAUGGUGGUCAAGGAUCUGGACAUGAUAAACGAUAUAUUCAUCAAGGAGUCAAACAACUUCUCAGGACGUGGACACAUGUUCAACAUGCAAGAGCGGCAGCCAAUCUUCGCUAAGUACAUGAUCUUCGCGAAGGGUUCUUUGUGGAAGAUUUCUCGAAAUUGCAUGUCACAGUUUUUCACGUCAUCCAAGCUCAAAGCGGUGAUGCCCUCACUGCUGCACGCCCAACAGCAGUUCAUUGAUAUCCUGGGUGAACACUCGGACAGGGAAGUUGAUGUCGACAUCAACAACCUCUGCGAGCGCUUCACUUUCGACGUGAUCGCCAAGGCGGCUUUCGGCAUUGACACAGACGUACAACGGAACCCCGAGAACCCUUUGUUCAAGAACUCACUGGCUGUCAUUCCGACAGUCACUACGGGUGUCUUGUAUCACCUUGGCCAAAACCUCUACCACUGGCCACGGCUGCUAAGCGGUCCUUCCAGGCUUUUAGGAGCCAUCUACGACAAUCCUAUGGUUGAAAUGACAAAAAAGGCUGCAGAAAUCAUCAUGUACCGGAGGAAGAACCCGCAGGUCUGUAUGUUUAUAGAUUCUACUAGGUAUGUGAUGCUUGUUUGGGAGUGA